AUGGCCACAGACAGAGACAGUCCUCAGUAUAAAGUACAAGAGUACAAAACACAGUACACCAUCAUUCACAUAGAUGGUUUAAAGGGCCACAGAGACCGUCCUCAAUAUAAGGUACAGGAGAAUUGGUCUGAUACAUCCUUCUGGGAGGCUUCAGCUCUGAACAACUACACAGUUCCCAAAGCAGGAUCAACUGUGAUUAUUCCAGCAGGUAUGUGGAUCUUAGCAGAUGUAGUUAUUCCACCAUUGAACAAACUCAUCAUUUAUGGGGCUUUAGAAUUGUCAGAUACCAUCUCCACUGGAAGAGCAGAUCGAAGUUUUUCUCCAUACCCGACAGUAGUGCUGAAUGCAACUUACAUAUCAAUACAGGGCGGCAGACUAAUUGCUGGCACAGAGGAUUCACCCUUCAGAGGAGAACUCCAGAUUAUUCUGAGAGGAAACCAUUAUACUCCAGAAUGGCCUUUGCCAAAUGGGCCCAACCAGGGAUCAAAAGUAUUAGGUGUAUUUGGAGAUUUGGAUCUUCAUGGACUCCCACAUACAGUGUACAAAACUAAGCUCAGAAGUACAGCAGUGGCAGGUUCUACAAGCGUUUCUCUGGUGAAUCCUGUAGACUGGAAGGUUGGAGAUGAUGUACUGAUUACAACUACCAGCUAUAGUUCCUGGCAAUCUGAAGUAAGGACCAUUGCUAAUAUUUCUGGAGAUGGAUUACAUUUGGUCUUAAAUGAAUCCUUAUCUUAUACUCAUAUUGCUGCAACUUAUCAAGUGCCAGAAACUGGGCAGAACUACACACUUGCAGCAGAUGUGGGACUUCUGACCAGAAACAUUAAAAUCAUUGGUGAGGAUUACCCACAGCUGAUAGAAGAAUCUUUUGGGGCACGUGUUCUGGUCAGCACAUUCCAGUACAAGGGUGUUCAACUCAGAGGAGCUGCAAGAAUCCGUAAUGUUGAAUUUUACCACACUGGACAAGAAGGAUAUCGCGAUUCCUUUGACCCAAGAUAUUCUCUUGCUUUCCUUAAUUUGGGACAGACUUCACAGAAUGAGUCAUACGUUCAAGGCUGCUCUUUCCAUCAUGGCUUUUCUCCAGCAAUAGGCGUAUUUGGCACAAAUGGACUGGACAUUGAUGACAACAUCAUAUACUUUACUGUUGGUGAAGGCAUCAUUAUAUCAGGAAGUGAGAAUCGGGCACGUGGAAAUCUGGUGGUUUUGGCAGUCUGGCCUGGAACAUAUAAUGGAAGAUUAGAGACAUUCAAUCCUCUCUGGCACGCUGCAAUUAUGGAAAGUACAGUCCCACGCACUCACACCUCCACUUGCUAA